AUGUCGUCUGGAAUAGGGCCUUCCUUCAUAGGCGCUAUCCAGGCCUCCCUCUCCGUACUCCUCACCAUAUUCUAUGGAGUCAUCGCCUCUCAGUUCAAUCUGCUCAACUCGGACGCAGCGCGUCAGGUCUCGAAAGCAUGCGUCAAGAUAUUCCUUCCCGCGCUGCUCAUGACCAAGCUCGGAGACCAGCUGAGCAUUGAGGUCGUAGGGCGGUAUUUGCCCAUCCUGCUGUGGGCCGUGGUCUGCAACAUCUUGUCCAUCUGCGUGGGAAAACUGCUGGAGAAGACGCUGCCCAGAUCCUGGGAGAUGCCGGCCUGGACAACUCCAGCGAUUGCAUUCAACAACACCACCUCGAUGCCUUUGCUGCUCAUCCAGGCGCUGGAGAAGACGGGAAUUCUGAGCAGCAUCUUGAUCCCUGGGGGGAGCGACAGUAUGGACGAUGCCGUCCAGCGGGCCAAGACGUAUUUUCUCAUCAACACCAUGGUUAGCAAUUCCAUCACCUUCGCGCUAGGCCCGAAACUUCUUAGUGCGGAUGCGGAGGAUGCGCCAUCUGGUGAGGGCAAAUCCGUCGAGAGCGAUUCCGAGAGCGGCGACGAAGAGGACGGCGGCGCCGACGAACACACCUCACUCCUUCCUUCUCCUGUCCUGAGAAGAGGUCGCCGGGCCUCGCGAAAAGUCUAUUCUCAUCUGAGCUCGAUCCACCAGUCUCUUCCUCACCCGGUACAGGUGGUCCUGCAUCACAUCGCACCGUUCGCCAACGCACCCGUCUUUGGGGCUGCAGCGGGAUUCAUCCUCGGUUUAACUCCACCAUUGAAGAAGGCCUUCUUCGCGGAUCCCUUCGAGGGCGGUUUCUUCAGCGCAUGGAUAACCACAUCACUACAGAACAUCGGUGACCUGUUUGCGUCUCUGCAGGUCAUCGUCGUGGGUGUGAAGCUGGCAGAAGCCAUGCGCAAGGUCAAGCGCGGGGAUGAUGAUUCUGAUUCGGACGAUGGCAAGUCUGGUGCCGUGCCGUGGCGCGCCGCCACGAUCGUGCUGUUGAUCCGCUUCUUCAUUUGGCCGGCGGUCGCUGUCUCUACCAUCUGGAUGUUGGCGAAACACACCGGAGUACUCAGCGAAGAUCCGAUUUUGGUAUUCUGCAUGAUGCUCAUGCCCGCUGGACCACCAGCUUUGAAGCUGAUGGCGCUGGCCGAGGUCAAUGACAGCAGCGAAAACCAGAAGCUGGCGGUCGCCAAGUUUCUUGCAUUUGCCUAUGCUGUAAGCCCGCUGAUGGCACUCACUGUAGUGGCUAGCCUGAAGGCAACCGAAAACGUUGCUUGA